AUGAGAUCUGGACGUACACCUAGGCCAUCAAUGUUGGAGAGCAUGAGAGGAGACAGAAGGUCGAUGGAAAAGGGACUGAAAAGGCUUUCCGGCCUGCCCGACUGCCCGCAGUACCGGGCUGCUUCAGCAGCCUUCCGGCCCGCCCGCCUGCCCGCAGUACCAGGCCGCUUGGCAGACCUUUCAGCCUGCCGCCUGCCCGCAGUACCAGGCUGGCUUGGGAGGACCUUUCGGGCCCGCCCCUGCCUGUCCGCAGUAACGGGAGGUUACCAGGAAAAAAACUUGCUUGACAGACCUUUCAGCCCGCCGCCUACGCCGUACCAGGCCUGCUUCAGCAGACCUUUCGGCCCGCCCAUCUGCCCGCAGUACCAGGCCGACCUUUCCGGCCGGCCCGCCUGCCCGCAGUACCAGGCUGGCUUGGCAGACCUUUCGGCCCGCCCGCCAAUUGCCCCUGCCCGGCAGUACCAGGCCGGCUUGGCAAGACCUUUCAGGCCCCGCCCCCGCCUGCCCCGCUUGCCCCCCGCAGUACCAGGCCGGACUUGGCAGACUUUCGGCCCGCCUGCCUGCCCGCAGUACCAGGCCGGCUUGGCAGACCCCUUUCGGGCCGCCGGCCUGCCCGCAGUCCCAGGCCAGCUUGGCAGACCUUUGGCCCGCCCGCCUGCCCGCAGUACCGGGGCCUGCUUCGGCAGACCUUCUUCCGGGCCCGCCCGCCUGCCCGCUUGCCCGCAGUACUACAGGCGGUCUUUGGCAGACCUUUCGGCCCGCCUGCCUGCCGCAAGUAACCAGGCCAGCUUAGCAGACCUUUCGGCCGCCCGCCUGCCCGCAGUACCAGGCCAGCUGGCAGACCUUUCGGCCCGCCCGCCUGCCCGCAUACCAGGCUGGCUUGGCAGACCUUUCGGCGCCCGCCCGCCUGCCUGCCCGUACCGGGCUUGCUUCGGCAGAACCUUCCGGCCCCGCCCGCCUGCCCGCUUGCCCGCAGUACAGGCCGGCUUUGCAGACCUUCGGCCCGCCCGCCCUGCCCGCAGUACCAGGGCCCGGCUUGGGCAGACCUCGGCCCGCCCGCCUGCCCGCAGUACCAGGCCAGCUUGGCAGACCUUUCGGCCCGCCCGCCUGCCCCGCAUUACCAUGCCGGCUUGGCAGACCUUUCGGCCCCGCCCGCCUGCCCGCAGUACCCAGGCUGGCUUGGGAGACCUUCGGCCGGCCUGCCUGCCUGCAGUUACGGGUCUGCUUCGGCAGACCUUCCGGCCGGCCCGCCGCCGCAGUACCAGGCCGGCUUGGCAGACCUUUCGGCCCGCCCGCCUGCCCGCAGUACCAUGCCGGCUUGGCAAGACCUUUCGGCCCGCCCGCAUGCCCGCAGUACCAGGCCGGCUUGGCAGACCUUUCGGUCCCCGCCCGCCUGCCCCGCAGUACCAGGCCGGCUUGGCAGACCUUUCGGCCCGCCCGCUCUGCCCGCAGUACCAGGCUGGCUUGGGAGACCUUUCGGCCCCCGCCUGCCUGCCCGCAGUACCAGGCCGGCUUGGCAGACCUUUCGGCCCCGCCCGCCUACCCUGCAGUACCAGGCCUGCUCGGCAGACCUUUCGGCCCGCCCACCCCUGCCGCAGUACCAGGGCCGGUAGGCAGACCUUUCGGCCUGCCCGCAGUACCAGGCCUGCUCGGCAGACCUUUCUGGCCCUGCCUGCCUGCCCGCAGUACAAGGCCGCUUUGGCAGACCUUCCGGCCCGCCCGCCUGCCCGCAGCACCAGGCUGUCUUGGCAGACCUUUCGGGCCCGACCACCUGCCCGCAGUACCAGGCCCCGCUUGGCCAGACCUUUCGGCCCGCCCCGCCCUGCCCGCAGUACCAGGCUGGCUUGGCAGACCUUUCGGCCCGCCCGCCUGCCGCAGUACCAGGCCGGCUUGGCAGACCUUUCGGCCCGCCCGCCUGCCUGCAGUACCAGGCCCGGCCAGCUUGCAGACCGAAAACCCGCUGCCCGCAGCCGGCUUGGCAGACCUUUCGGCCCGCCCGCCUGCCCGCAGUACCAGGCCGGCUUUGGCAGACCUUACGGCCUGCCCGCUGCCCGCCGUACCAGGCCGGCUUGGCAGACCUUUUGGAACCCCCCCGCCGCCUGCCUGCAGUACCAGGCCGGCUUGCAGACCUUUCGUCCGCCCAUCCUGCCCGUAGUACCGGAGGCCGGCUUAGCAGACCUUUCGGCCCGCCCGCCUGCCCGCAGUACCAGGCUGGCUUCAGACCUUUCGGCCCGCCGCUGCCCGCAGUACCAGGCUGGCUUGGCAGACCUUUUCGGCCCGCCCGCCUGCCCGCAGUACCAGGCCAGCUUGGCAAGACCUUUCGGCCCGCCCGCCCGCCCUGCCCGCAGACCAGGCUGGCUUGGCAGACUUUUCGGCCCACCCCCUGCCGCCCGCCAGUACCGGCUGCUUCAGAGACCUUCCGGCCCGCCCGCCUGCCCGCAGUCCAGGCCGGCUUGGCAGGACCUUUCGGCCCUCCCGCCUGCCCGCAUUACCAGGGCCGGCGUGGCAGACCUUUUGGCCCGCCCGCCUACCCGCAGUACCAGGCUGGCUUGGCAGAUAUUUCGGCCCGCCCGCCUGCCCGCAGUACAGGCCCGCCUUGGCAGACCUUUCGGCCGCCCGCCUUCCCACAGUACCAGGCUGGCUUCGCAGACCUUCCGGCCCGCCCCGCCUGCCCUCAGCACCGGGCCUAGCUUUGGCAGACCUCCGGCCCGCCGCCUUUCCGCAGUACCCAGGCUGGACUUGGCAGGACCUUUCGGUCCCGCCGCGCUGCCGCCCCCCCCAGUACCAGGCCGGCUUGGCAGACCUUUCGGCCCGCCCCGCCUGCCAGCAGUACCAGGCUGGCUUGGCAGACCUUUCGGCCCACCUGCCUACCCGCAGUACCAGGCCGGCUUGGUAGACCUUUCGGCCCGCCCGCCUGCCCGCAGUACCAGGCCAGCUUGGCAGGAGGUUUCCAGCCCUUGGCAGCUGCAGCCCGCCCGUGCCCGAGUACCAGGCUGGCUUGGCAGACCUUUCGGCCCGCCCCCCCCGCCCUGCACGCAGUACGGGCCUGCUUCGGCAGACUUCGGCCCCGCCCGCCUGCCGCAGUACCAGGCCCGGCUUGGCAGACCUUUCGGGCGCCUUCCUGCCCGCAGUACCAGGCCGGCUUGGCAGACCUUUCGGCCCGCCCGCCUGCCCGCAGCCGGCUUGGCAAGACCUUUCGGCCCGCCCGCCUGCCCUCAGUACCAGGCUGGCUUGGGAGACCUUUCGGCCCCCGCCAGCCUGCCCGCAGUACCGGGUCCUGCUUCGGCAGACCUUCCGGGCCCGCCCGCCUGCCCGCAGUACCAGGCCGCUUGGGCAGACCUUUUGGUCCCGCCCGCCUGCCCGCAGUACAGGCCGGCUUGGCAGACCUUUCGGGCCCGCCCCCCGCCUGCCCAAGCAGUACCAGGCUGGCUUGGGAGACCUUUCGGCCCGCCUGCCUGCCCGCAGUACCAGGCCGGCUUGGCAGACCUUUCGGCCCGCCCGCCCUACCCGCAGUACCAGGUGGCUUGGCAGACCUUUCGGCCCGCGUCCUGCCCGCAGUACCAGGCCGGUUUAGGCAGACCUUUUCGGCCUGCCCGCAGUACGGCCUGCUUCGGCAGACCUUUCGGCCCGCGCGCCGCCUGCCCCCGCAGUACCAGGCUGGCUUUGGCAGACCUUUCGGCCCGCCUGCCUGCCCGCAGUACCGGGCCUGCUUCGGCAGACCUUCCGGCCCGCCCUACGCCUUGGCCCGCCUGCCGCAGUACCAGGCCCGGCUUGGCAGACCUUUCGGCCCGCCCGCUGCCGCAGUACCGGGCCCGCAGUACCAGGCCCGCUUCGGCAGACCUUACCGGCCCGCCCGCCUGCCCGCAGUACCAGGCCUGCGUGGCAGACCUUUCGGCCCGCCUUGCUGCCCGCACUACCGGGCCUGCUUCGGCAGACCUUACCGGCCCGCCCGCCUGCCCGCAGUACCGGGCCUGCUUCGGCAGACCUUUCGGCCCGCCCGCCUGCCCCGCAGUAACCGGGCCUGCUUCAGCAGACCUUCCAGCCCGCUCCGCCUGCCGCAGUAGUACAGGCCUACUGGCAGACCUUUCGGGCCCGCCUGCCUGCCUUGCACCAGGGCCUGCUUUCGGCAGACCUUCGGCCCACCCGCCUGCCGUACCAGGCUGGCUCGGCAGACCUCCUGGCCCGCCCGCCUGCCCGUACCAGGGCUGGCUCGGCAGACCUCUGGCCGCCCCGCCUGCCGUCCGCCCCCCCGGGCCUGGCUCGGCGGGCCUGGCGGGCCGCCGUCCUUGCAAACAGAAACCUUGUGGCGCUGGAACCUCACAUCGACGUCUUUCCUGGCGGGCGGAUUCACGGUUUUUUCGGUUUUGCGUCGUUUUCUUCCUGGAUGAGCCUCGCCAUCGCGCCGCUUCUUCGGUCUAUGUUGCAGGAUUUCUCCCUUCUGUUGUAGGAGUUUCUCUUUGCCCUCUCAACCUGGCACUUUACCUCUGCCAAACUACACAGUCACAUAGGGCAUCGUUUCUCUCGCCGUAA